UAUUUGGGCUGGUCUCUUGAGACGAUUCACUUCAAAAAAAAACCUCAGCAUACGGUAAUCGAUUAAACGAAAAGAAAAAGGUAAAUUUUAUUUAGCCAUCGCAGUGUAUUCUGUCAGUCCAAAUGCUACGUCGAACUCCUGUGGUGCAGAAUUUUAGGGCUAAAUUGGAGCUGGAUCGCAUCCGAGGCCUUCUCCGGGGCCGCGCCCGGCUCGAGCGCAAAGUCGGCUUAAAACGACUUUUCUUUCUCAUGCGCACGCAAACCCGUUAUCGGGUGGAGCAAAAGGCCUUCUGGGAACGCGCGAUCGUGCGCAAAAACGUCGACAGCGCCGCGCAGGAGCAUGGCUCGAGUUGGGUCUACCUUCGCAAUGAUCUCGCCCGACAAAACCUUCUUUUAUUACCGCGCACUCAACAAUUAUUAGCGCAGUACGAGCCCCUGGCGUUUCGCGCGGUGGUGGAGUUGUGCGCAUCGCGUCUGGCCCCCCCGCCGCCCCCGAUGACCGCGCAAAUUCCCGAAGAAGUCUACCGCCAUCAUCCCGCGGAUUCCUCCGAAAGCCACCCGGCGGCGCGGCGAGAAUUAAAGGAAGGCGUGGAAAGAAUGUUGAAGACGGGAAAGUCGGAUCGAUUAGAAAAAGGAGGCCCUCGCACGGUCGAGGGAUGGAUGGACGCAUGGAAGGAGUUUGAUAUCGGGUCGGCAAGUAAGAAGUUGUAAGGGAACGAGGUUCGGUACAGCGCCUCCUCACAAAUGGCUCGGAGGAUAGGGGGAUGGGAAAUGAGGUUGCGGUCGUAUGAAUCGGUUUACCCCACCAUCUCAUGCAAAAAAGGUGUGUGGUGAUAUGGAGAAAAUUUGAGCUGAUG